CCUCUCCCUAGCCAGGGACACUACCGCACAUAUCAUUCAAAAAAAUCAAAACAUCAACAACAUCCAACCAUCAAUCUUUUGCUCCAUUUAUUUCAAAACAUCCAUACCUUUUUUUCAAUUAAAAGGUGUGUUUACAUUUUUUGCAACUACUUCUUUAAUUAACAAUUAAACAUAAUGAGCAAUUCUUUUCAUACUGUACCAUUUGAUGAAGCCAUUGCCAGAAGAGGUGGAAUAUUAGGUUCAUCAUCUAGUCAUGAUGGGAAAUCUCCUGCUAUAUUUACUUAUGCUAAUGGAAGAUCAUUUAUAUUUUAUAUUCCUAAUAAAGAUCCAAACAGACAUAAAUAUAAAUCAUUAAUAAUUAAUCAUGGUGGUAUAUUGGUUGAUAGUAGACCUAAUGAAUUCCAUACUAAUGAAAUUAUUGUAGUUAGUUCUAAACCAGAAUUAGAAUUCUUGGGUGAUGAAUCUAUAAUUAAUGUUAGUUUUGAUUAUAUUAUUAAUUCUGUUAAUAAUGGAGCUUUAGAACCAAUUGAAGACUAUAGAUAUAAUCCUCAACAACAUUUGAUGGAUCCUGCCACUGCAGCAGCCGCUGCCGCUGCUGCUGCUGCCGCUGCUGCUGCUGAUAUUGAUCAUGAUCAUGAUCAUCAUUUAGUUAAUAUCAAUACAGGAAAUUCAUCUUCCAAUACUUCUUCUGUUGGGACUCAAGCUUUACCUAAUUCACGUGGUCAUAAUAGAUUUACAGCUGAAAAGGAUGAAUUUAUUCUUCAACAAAUUAGAUUAAAUCCUAAAUUAAGACAUAGUCAUAGAUUUUUUCAAGAAUUAAGUAAUCAACCAAUUCUUAAAGGUCAUACUGGGAAUUCUAUUAGAUCCAGAUAUCGUAAACAUUUAGAAAAAAAAUUACAUUGGGUUUAUAAAAUUGAUGAUAAUAAUAAAAUUAGUAAAGAUAGUGAAGGUAAUCCAAUUAAAUUAGGGGUUGAAGAAUUACCAGAUACUUUAAAAAAUAAGUAUACCCCACAAGAUGAUUAUUUAUUAUGUAUUGAAGCUUUAGCUUAUAUUAAACAAAUGACUAUUGGUAAUGAAGAUAGUAUUGAUAUAAAUAAAAAAGUUGCAUUACCAUAUUCAUUUUUUAAUGAUAUGUUUAAAAAGAAUUCCAAACAUUCUUUACAUUCUUGGAGAGAUAGAUAUAGGAAAUUUGUUUCUGAUGGAACUUUACAACAUUAUAUUAAAUACUAUGAUGAAUGUGAAAAAAAUAAUCAAAUUGCUCGUCCAUUGGUUAGAGUAAAUGAAUUUACUAAAGCUGCUCAAGAAUUUAGAACUACUAUUACUUCAGGUCAAGAUGGUAGUUCUGAUACUGUAAGUAGUCCAAUACAAAGGAAAAGAAAAACAGGAGUUGAAUCAGCUCUUGAUGAAGAAAUUGGUGAACUUAAAAGUUCUAAUAUUGAUGCAUCAUUAUUUGUUAAAACUGCUGGUGAUGAUAGUAGACAACAACAAGCUAGAAAGGCAAGACGUUUACAAGAAGAAAAUGAUCAUAAUGAUGAACAAGUAGCAGCUGUUGUGGCUGCUGCUGCUGCUGCUAAUGAUGAAGAAUCUCAAGCAAUUUUAAAACCUAUUCUCAAUGCUAAUGUUGGUGAUGAUGAUGAGGAUGAAGUUGAUGAUGAAAUUGAAGAUGUUGAGAAUGAUGAUUUAUCAUCUCAAAGGCAAGAUCAAACUCAAACUCAAUCUCAACUAGUUGAUGAAGCAGAUGAUGAUGUUCAAUCACAAUUAGCAGCAGCACAAGAUCAAACAUUUGAACUUCGAUACCUUGAUGUUGAGACUACUACUAUGGCAGAUGUAAUUAAGAUUCCACUUCCACCUCAAAAUGAAUUUUUUGAUCAAGUAAAUGCUACACUUAAGAUUGAUAAUAGUGUUGAAGAAGUUUAUUUAGUUGAUCUUGUUAGAGCUCUUGAAGAGCUUGGAUUAAAGGAUAACUUCAUUGGUCAUAUCAUUCUUAGUUGUAGUGGAGAUAAAUUAAAUAUUAAAUAUUAUAUUGAACUGUUCUUCCUGAACUUUUAUCAAUUUCUUGAUGAUGAGGAAGGUGAAAGUAGAAUGCAAGGUUUUGCAGAUUAUUUAAGAUUUAAUUAUGCUGGUAGAGUAUGGAAUUUAAAAAUGGAUCAAGCUUUGAAUACUCCUCGUGAGAAUGAUUUAUUGGAAGUUCAUUCCAAGCUGCAAAUUAGAGCUAGGAAAACUUUCUUGGAGAGUAUUGGUUUAUUAAAUUAAUUAAUUUAUUUCUUUAUUUAUUUCUUUAUUUAUUUCUUUAUUU